AUGAAUACAACACCAUGGUACAUUUAUUUGGUCAUUCAGUGUUUACUGGGUAUCAAGUCUUACGUUACAUCAAAAGACUUUAGUAAAACCAUGAAGGGUGUUGUGCUCAACCAAAUAAUCAUAUAUUUGGGACUCUAUUUGUAUGCCUUUAAAGUGUUAUUGAAACACGACUCUAAAAGCCCAUUGCUUCUCACAUCACAUUUGGCAUUCCUAUGGUUUUGGAUAGCGUUCGGCACUUUAACAUCAGUUCACACCCACUCGGGCUUUCAUCUGCCCCUCACGGUUUCCCCACAGUUUCACGAAUACCAUCACUCGCAUCCAAAUCAAAACUUUGGUGUUUCGGGAAUUUUAGACCAAUUUUUCGGAACAGAUCUCGUAUUUCGCAAAUCAAAACAAUUUCAACGAAAUAGAGUUCUCUAUUCUCUUAAAACUCCCGACGAAUUGAUUCAAUAA